AAUUAAAGACAGAAAACUGUCCUCUCCUACUCGAAACCCUACCCGACAUACCUCGCCCGUCGACCGAUUCCGCCCAAAACCCUCGCCUUCGCGACCGAACACUCGCAAUAGAAGUCGCCAUUACAGUUGGGAAGGCAGCGAAGGGAUCUAGCUCCGAAACUACUAUCUUUCUCCUCUUAUCCGAACCCUAGUAGCCAUGCCGCAAGGUGAUUACAUUGAGCUUCAUCGGAAACGCCAUGGCUACCGACUUGAUCAUUUCGAGCGGAAGAGGGGGGGGUGGGGGGGUCUUGAAAGGCCUGCUUUUGCCCAAAGGGCUCUUGGUAUCAAAGGGAAAAUGUUUGCGAAGAAGCGUUAUGCUGAGAAGGCGCUGAUGAAGAAAACGCUCGCUAUGCACGAUGAGUCGACAACUAGGCGAAAGGUUGAUGAUAACGUUCAAGAUGGGGCCAUUAUUCCUGCUUAUCUUUUGGACCGCGAUACCACUACCCGAGCCAAAGUUUUGAGCAAUACAAUUAAGCAAAAGAGGAAGGAGAAAGCUGGCAAAUGGGAAGUCCCAUUACCAAAAGUAAGGCCUGUUGCUGAAGAUGAAAUGUUUAAAGUACUACGAUCUGGCAAGCGUAAAACAAAGCAAUGGAAGAGAAUGGUCACGAAAGCCACAUUUGUAGGACCCGGUUUCACGAGAAAGCCGCCGAAAUAUGAGCGAUUUAUUCGUCCGAGCGGUUUGCGGUUCACGAAAGCUCAUGUGACUCACCCUGAACUAAAAUGUACUUUCAAUCUCGAAAUAAUUGGAGUCAAGAAAAAUCCUAAUGGUCCUAUGUACACCUCAUUGGGUGUCAUAACCAGAGGAACUGUCAUUGAGGUGAAUGUGAGCGAGCUUGGACUGGUCACUCCUGCAGGAAAAGUAGUGUGGGGUAAAUAUGCACAAGUGACCAAUAAUCCAGAGAAUGAUGGCUGCAUCAAUGGUGUUCUUCUUGUCUGAGGUAUAGAGAUGUUGCAGAAAGAAACAGUUCUGAAACUCAUGCCUUUUUAACUUUUGCUUUAUUUCAGUUUUGUUUUCUAGUCUGAUUCAGUUCUGUUGGGUUUGUAUUUCUCUCUUGUAGUGAUCAUAUUGAUUCAGAUUUAGUAUUGAUAUGUUGGAAAAUGAUUACUUUGAUUAAGUUUGCUUAUUAUUUCUUUUUCUUUUUGGGAUGAUUGCAUGCAGACCACCCGAAAUAUUGAUAUUUACAAAUUAACCGCCCGGGUGAUUUUUUUGAACUACUGAAUUGAUGUAUUUAUGU